AUGCGAGUGACGGCACGUCUGUGGAAGAUGGCGAAAGACACCGUUCUCGAAGGCGUCUUCGCCAUCAACAAACCUCUGGGCAUGAGCUCUGCCCAGGUGAUCCGUGACUGCCAGCAGCACUUCAACCCCUCGACCCUUUUCGCACCCCUCGUGCAGCAGGAGAUCAGCAAGCGUCUCAAUGAGUCGGGCUCGCAGUUCAAGCGCCGCGGUAUCAACAAGAAGGGCGCGCGCGUCAAGAUGGGCCACGGAGGAACCCUCGAUCCCCUCGCGACGGGCGUCCUCAUCCUGGGUGUCGGCUCGGGAACAAAGUCCCUGCAGGGUUUUCUCGACUGCACCAAGACGUACGAGACUGUCGUCGUAUUUGGCGCCGGCACAGACAGCUACGACCGCACUGGCAGGAUACUGACCCGGAGGCCCUAUGACCACAUUACGAGGGAGAUGGUCGAGAAGGAGAUGGACAGCUUCCGCGGCAAGUUCGAGCAGAUUCCGCCCCUGUACUCGGCCCUGAAGAUGGAGGGCAAGCCCCUCUACGAGUACGCCCGCGAGGGCAAGCCCAUCCCCCGCGAGAUCAUCGGGCGCGACGUCGAGGUCAAGGAGCUCGAGCUUCUCGAGUGGUUCGAGCCCGGCACCCACCAGCACCACUGGCCGACCGAGGAGGCCGAGGCCGCCGAGAAGAACCUCGCCGAGCAGGUCUGGCGCGUGGAGAAGCAACAGGGCAACGCGCGCAAGCUAACGCCCGAGGAGGAGGCCGCAGACGAGGCCGCCGUCAACAAGCACGAGGACCAGAAGAAGAAGUUUGAGGAGAGACAGGACGAGCUCGUAAGGGACAAGCCACCACACAAGCGGCGCAAGUCGUCGUCGUCGUCUUCUGCUAAGCACCAAGCGCUAAUGUCCGGCGCGUUGGGCCAGCUCCCCGCGGCGCCCCAACACCACACAGGAAAGGGCGCCAACCUCGUCCCGCCGCCGACGACGACCGCCCCCUGGUCCGACAAGGGACCCCCCGCCGCGCGCAUCCGCAUGACCGUCACCUCGGGCUUCUACGUUCGCAGCUUCUGCCACGACCUCGGCACCAAGGUCGGCUCCGCCGCCAUGAUGGCCGAGCUGAGCCGCGACAGGCAGGGCGACUUUGCGCUCAAGCAGAACUGCCUCGAGUACGACGACCUGGCCAAGGGCGAGGCCGUCUGGGCGCCGCAGGUCAGGGAGCUGCUCGCCGACUGGAAGGAGAAGCACCCCGACCCCCCUCAGAAGCAGGACGCGUUCCGCAAUGACCGCAACCAGAUCAAGCCGCGCGUGCAGCAGCACAGCGGCGAGUCCUCGAAGAAGAGGCAGCAAGAGGAGCAGCCCGAGGGGGCCAAACCGGAGAAGCGCAGGAAGAACUCCAGCUCCGGGGAUGAGGCGCCGGUGGUCAAAGCCGCGCCGGCGAGCCCCAAGGCGGCAGAGGCCCAGGCCGAAUCGCCACAAAAGGUGAACGAGACUGUCCAGGACGACGAGUCGGAGUGGGAUGGCAUCAAGGACUAA